AUGGAUAAACCUUCCGAGGGUUUGACCGGAGCUGUGGUCGCCGUUUACAUUGCAGGCGAAGCUGUCGGGGCGUUGACACAGACGGCGAUUGGUGAUAAACUGGGUCGCUUGCGGUUCAUGGAGUUGAUGUGUGUGAUUGUUACCAUUGGAACCGUUAUCCAGACGGCAUCGGUCAACAUCGGCAUGUUUCUCGCUGGUCGUGUACUGGCGGGUUAUGCUGUGGGGGGAAUGGUUUCCACCGUACCGAUCUACCUCAGCGAAAUAUCCGAUCCGCAAAUCCGCGGCCUAAUCGGCGGCAUCUCUGGCUGUGGCAUCUCCUUCGGCACCAUGGCAUCCAACUGGGUCGGGUACGCCUGCAGCUAUGCCCCCUACGGCCCCGUACAGUGGAGACUGCCCCUGGGCAUCCAGAUUCCCUGGGGUGUCAUUAUGUUUUUCGGGCUGAUCAGUUUCAUGCCUAAUUCGCCGCGCCACCUGAUCCGAAGCGGGAAGGUCGAGCAGGCGCGCAACGAGUUUAAGCGGAUCCGGAGGGACUUGCAGUCGGAUGAGGUGCAUCGGGAAUUUGAGGUCAUGUUGGCUCAGAUCGAGUAUGAGAAAGAGAGGGAGAUUACGUCGUAUCGCGAGAUUUUCAGGUUGUUUCGACAUCGAGUGCUGGUGUGA